AUGGCAGAUUCUUGCAUUACAUUUUUUCAAAAGCUCAUGUCUCUGUCGAUUCUUGUCCUAAUUGCCCGUUUUUCGACAGGCGUUGAAGCCACGAAUCGGACGAAGCUAGUCCUCCGCCUUAUACACCGAGACUCGAUACUCCCUUUGCCUUAUUCAGAAGCAGAGAAUGACCUAAGGGCUCCUUUGGUUCCGCACGGAAGAGGUCUACUUUUCUUGGUAAAUGUUUCAAUAGGUGAGCCUCCAAUCCCGCAACUUCUAGCUAUGGACACCGGAAGUCCACUAACUUGGCUGCAUUCUUACCUCUGCACCGGAUGCAACCCUCCUACAAACCGGGCCCCAAUCGAUGACCCUAAAAGAUCGUCGACAUGCACAAGUUUGUCGUGCGACUUUAAAUAUCAAUGCCAACAAUAUUUAGGCGACACCGAUUGCAGCCAAGAAUCUUUUCGAUGCACCUACAACAUGGUCUAUAUGGACGGAUCGUAUACCAAGGGUAUUAUCGCCUCCGAAAAGUUCACCUUCGACACCUCGGACGGGGGCAUAUCGGCAAUUCCCGAUUUAGUCUUCGGCUGCGGGAUCGAAAGCCAUGGGGUGGUGGUAAGACUAAGCGGGAUCCUCGGACUAUCAAACCUCAACGGGCACUCGUUAGUCACUCGAGUCGGUAAGAAGUUCUCGUAUUGCAUUGGAAACAUUAGCGAUCCUUAUUACAUGUACAACCAGUUGGUGCUAGGCGAAGGUGCCGUUUUAGACGGCGAUUCAACCGGGUUGGAUAUUAGGAACGAUCAAUAUGUGGUGAGCAUACAAGGGAUUAGCGUAGGGGAAAAGAAACUCGAGUUCAACAAGCAAGAAUACCACUACAACGUCCUAAUAGACUCGGGGUCCACUUUCACUUAUUUACAGAGGAGUGCUUUCGAAGCGCUUAAGGAAGAAGUGGUCAACAUACUUGCGGAUUCUAUGCAGCUUGAAAUAAUCGAGGGUUUCGAGGAAACGCCGUGUUAUAGGGGGGAUAUGGUGAGAGAUAUAGAGGAUUUCCCGAGUGUGACUUUGCAUUUCGACGGGGAUACCAAACUGAGGUUGAAUGUCGAAGGGAUGUUCCAUAGAAUAAGAAGUGACAUUUUUUGCAUGGCUGUCGUUGUUUCGGAAGACGAAACGAAUACAAUAGGAGUGCUUGCUCAGCAGUACUGUAAUAUUGGAUUCGAUUUGAAUGAAAUGAAGGUCAGGUUCUCGAAGAUCGACUGUGAACUCCUUGAAGACUAA